GAGACGAGACUUGUGACGCCAUGAGCCGAGGCGCUGGGUGGUAGCGGCGUUGCGGGACGUUUAAGCAGCGAUCCGGGACUGCGGGUUAUGUUGACAAAAUUGGGAUUGUUGGGCGCCUGUCAACUUCUGUUAUGGGCCAUUAUCUGUGAUCUCUGAGUAGCUGUGAUGCCAAGAAAAAGAAAAACUCAUUCCUUGAGUCCAUUAAGGAAGCCUUCAUCAUCUUCCUCUACCACUGAUCGUCCAUCCUCUGUGGCAUUACCUCUACCUCCAACCAUGAGUAAUAACAACAAUGAGGGCCUGCUGGACAGCAUGUGUGACAUGUUUCCCGAUCUUGAUCCUUCCUUGGUUGAAAUGGUUCUUUCUGAAUACAAAGAAGUUGAAGUUGUGAUGGAUUAUCUCCUGGAACUAUCAACUUCAGCAAAAGUGGAGACCAAUACAGAAUCGGCCAACGUUUUGGGAUUUGAUAGUGUAGCAGCUGUUUUGCACCACAGCAAAAAACCUUUGGUUGGUUCUAAAACUUUGGAAGAUACUGCUCAUCAGCAUUCUGACAUUUAUGUAGCUCAGGAUGUAUCUCAGGCUCAGGACUGCACUGCUGUGUCUAAUAACUUGGAUUUACUCUUGGAUGAGGCCAUUAACAAAUAUAGUCUGUAUAGUAGUAUAGAUCUUGCAGCUGAGCCUGAGCAGUGUCAUAUACCAGACAACAGUAACAUUCCAGCUCAAAGUCAGUCUACUUCAGCCAUAAUCUCCUCUAUACUUGCCGAUGAAGAUAAUGAAAUGCUAAAAGACCUUGAAAGUGAUGACCAACAAACUGCCAUAAACCAAACAGUUCCAUCUAUUAAUAAACAAUACACUGCAAGCAUCGACCCUAAUUUUGCUUUACAGCUUCCAAAUGAAUCAGGGCUGAAAGACUCUGGGAUGGAAUUAACUGCAAAACUAGAUAUAGCCAAGGCAGAUUCCUGCUGCAUUCUAGAGCCUGCAUCAGGCUCUUUAGAACGGAAUGGGAGGAGUAAAACCGCAAGUGAAGAAAAGAGCAACCAUGAUGAAACUGAAGCAGGAAUUACACCUCUGUCACAUGCUAACUCCAUGGGAUCUUGGCAAAAUAGUCACCUACAAAAAUCACCCCUUUGGAAUCCUUUGGCACCUUCAUUUUGCCCAGCAGCAGGUUUACAGCAUAGAUUUAUAACUCCAAUACAUGUUAGCCGGGCACCAUGGAAUUUCACUGGAGGUGUAAGAAAUGUUAGUAGAGAUUUCUAUUAUAGACCCCCAGUGCCUUCAUUUACAUGGAGUGGUAACAACUUCUCUCCAAAUGUUUGGCAAACUGCCAGUAUAAAAUCAGCAGCUCUUUUGGAAGCUGUUCCCCAACCUGCUGUUCAAAAUGUGAAAAAAAAUACAUUUUUUGUGGGAAAAGUUCUCAUUCUUCUUCGAGGUGCACCAGGAUCAGGAAAAACUACUUUAGCCAGGAUGUUGUUACAGCAGAACCCAUUGGGUAUUAACCUAAGUACUGAUGAGUAUUUUUACAAAAAGGGGCAAUACCGAUAUGAUGUAAAUCUGUUAGGGGAAGCACAUGAGUGGAAUCAUAAACGAGCCAAAGAAGCCUUUGAGAAGAAUAUUUCCCCAAUUAUAAUAGAUAAUACCAACUUGCAAGCUUGGGAAAUGAAGCCAUAUGUGUCUAUGGCCAUGAAACACAAGUACAAAGUCACAUUUCGUGAACCUGAUACUUGGUGGAAGUAUAAACCAAAAGAACUGGAAAGGCGUAACAGUCAUGGAGUAACUAAAGAGAAGAUCAAGAGAAUGUUAGAAAAUUUUGAACGCGUGACCGUGAAUUCCAUUUUAAAUUUAUCACGUGUAAAGGGGCCAGAACAAACUGACCUUGGUGAAAUAAAACAAACUGCUGACAAAAGAGGACAAAACAGUAAUGCCCCAGCCACUCUGAAGAAAGAAGAUAUAAGUUCUACUUCUGAGGAAAAAGUAGAUGAUAAACGUAUUGCUGAUAUGGCUGAAGCAUUUUGUAGCCAUUUGGGAGCUGAAACUUCAAAAAUGUAUCCAGACAUUUUACUUAAUUCUACAGAUUCAGUGAUGAAUAUUCAGACGUCAGGUCAUGGUAAAGAGGAACAGUGGGAUAGUGUAGUUUCUGAAGAGGACAUAUAUACCAGCCAGAAUGCCGAAACCACUGAUGAUGAUGCCUUUUUACAUCAGAUGUCUCCUGAAAAUGAAAUCAUCAUUAAAGAAAAUGUUUCACCUACAGAGGAUGCCUUGGUUUUACCUGGGCUAAUGCCAGAGUUGCUAAACUUUGUUGGAGACUGGCCAGUUGAGCACACUAUGGGUCAGAGAGCCCCACGGAGUAGGAGCAAGAUUAGAGCAAAUUCUACAAGUAAUGAAUCAUGUUCCCUCCAGCUCAGUGAGUUGACAAAUGGUGAUUCUAAAGAACUGGAUAGUCACACUAUAACACAUGAUUUGUUAAAUCUAAGCAAAGAAAUCGAUAAAUGUACCAUUUUACAAACAGAUUAUCUUGGAGAUUUGCCAAAUUUGUGUUUUGGGUGUAACGAAGAAAAUAUGCAAUUAGAAGAUCAAGUCUGCUCAGCUUUAGAAAGAGAGGCAGAGACGUACAUACCUCAUACAGUACAGAACUCUGAAUCAAAUCAUGUUGAGAAAGAUCCACAAGCAGUCACUGAAGUUACUAAAGAUUUGCAAAGCCUUGAUAUAUCUAAUAUUAACGAAAAUGAACUUUCAGAAUGCGAAACACCAGAGAAAAAAACAAGGCAAUGCAAACGAAAUGUUAGACAGUGUAAACUGGCUUUAACUUUUACAAAUAGCUGUUCUGACUCUUCCCAAACAGAAGAUAUACUGACAUAUCAACCAAAUGCUCCAGUAAAUGAAGUCUACUGUGGACCUAGUAAAUGUUCGCAAACUGAGCCUCAUGAAUUUGCUUUAGCCUGGAGGAUAGAGAAAAAAAAUAUUGACAUCUCCAAUUCGGCGAAAGUCCUCACUGGCAAAGGUGAACGUUUUCAGUCAAAAUUAAUGGAUGAAAGUUCAGUUUCACAGGAAACUAUUCCCUAUAGAGCAAUGCAUCAUAAAAGUACAUUUGUGGAAGAAGAUGAAAUAGUUUGCUUGGAUGAUGAACAUAAUCUAAAUAUCCUUGCUGGACUCUUUAGGUCAGUUUCAUUUGACGUGCUUAUUGAUCUUUUUGAAAGAUGCAAUAAGGACAUUGUGUGGGCAUCCAACUUACUCUUGGAUUCCGGGGAGAAAAUCUACAAAGAUGAAGACUGCCAGACAGAGGAUUAUUUGAGUGUUGUAGGAGAUGCCACUUUGGGAACUGGUCAUCGUCCAGACCAAGUUCCUGUAUGCCCUGAUGAUCUUAAUGCUCCAUCUUUUGGUAGUAGUAUGUCACAUACUGAUGCUUGUUCCAGCACACCACUAAAUGAAAAAAGAGAGCAUGCUGAUAGUCACACAGUUAUAGAAAAUACCAACCUAACAUAUUCAGAGGCCCUAAGUUCAGAAGAUUCAACAAAUCUAAAUGUGUUCUCUGUCCCUGAUAUAACAAAUGAACAAACCAUAGAACAACAUAAAAUGGUUACAAAAUCAUUGAAUAUUGAGCAGCCAAAAGAUACUGAUUUGCAACCAGUGUCUAGGAUAUGCUUAUCUGAUAUAGAUAUGGAGGCUUCUCAGAAAACAGCUGAUGAUAUUGACACAGGAAUCAAUGUUUUAGAAACACACAACAUUGAUAAAGAUGUUUGUGAACUUCCCUUGUACGAUAUUAAUGUACAGGACAAAAUACGUGGAUUUGCUCUAGAAGAGGUGGAUGAUGCAAAAAAGAAAAACUCUGAUUCCCUCAAAGACUCUUUGCAUUUUGAUCAUCUGGAAUUGUGUUUGCCUCCAGAACUAGCCUUUCAGCUCAGUGAAUUGUUUGGCCCUGUAGGAAUAGCUCCAGGUUCUUUAACUAUUGAGGAUUGUACUGUACACAUAGACUUAAAUCUGGCCAAAGCUAUCCAUACAAGAUGGAAAGAAUCUAUUACGGAGAGGCAGAAACAAGAAUCCUUGUCUUACCAGCUGCUUUUUGAAGAUUUAUCGCCUUCAGAACUGGAUAAUCUGAUAAAUGAAGAGGAAUCUAACUUGGCAAAACCUGAAUAUUCCGAUACAUCGUCUGACACAUUCCCUUUCAUGGAUCAGUGGAAUGUACGAACCAAGAAAGUGUCAUUACGCGAAAUAAUGUCAGAGGAAAUUGCAUUACAGGAACAAGAAUGUCAGAAGAAGUCUACACUAAGGACAAAAAACUGUGCUGCAAAACUGAAGGAAAAACAACUUUUUGAAUUGUUUCCUAACAUUGAACAAAGGCUUCUUAUGGAUAUUUUUAAGGAAAAUGAUUAUUCUUUAGAGAGGACUGCAGAGUUCCUAAGUGUCGUUCUGGAAGCUGGCCCAGUGCAGAAUAUUGUUGCCUGUGAUUUAAAACAAACAGAUGCCUCUACCUCUGAAAACCCUAAAUCAAAGAAAUUAAAUCUGGACAAAAAAACCAUCCCUGAGAAUUUCUAUCAGGACUUUGAAUGCCCAGAGUAUGAUGAUUUCCGGGCUGAAGCUUUCCUUUACCGUAGAAAGCAACAAGAGUGUUACAGGAAAGCAAGCGAGGCUCACAGCAGAGGCAUGAAACAAGUUGCAACAUAUUAUGCACAACAGGGGUACCUCUAUGGCCAGAAGAUGAAACAGGAAAACCACAGAGCUGCUGUACAGAUCUUUGAAAGAACUAAUGAAUUCUUGUUGCCAGAGAAUAUAUUAGACCUGCACGGGCUCCAUGUUAGUGAGGCAAUGAAACAAUUGCGGCAGGUACUUCAGAACAAGAUGGAAGAUUAUAAAAAGAAUGGUGGCAAAUCUUACCUUUCCGUGAUAACUGGAAGAGGAAAUCAUAGCCAAGGAGGAGUCCCUCGCAUUAAAUUAGCAGUCAUUGACUAUCUCACAAACCACAGCUUCAGGUUUCAGGAGGUAAGGCCGGGAGUGCUGCAUAUCACCCUGAAAUAAAAUCUGGAUCAAAACACGACACUCAGAGGACAAAAGGAUUGUACGAUUUAGAAAUUUGGGUAAAAAAACAAAACAAAAUAUGCACAUCUAAGUGUUUUUAAGCGUUCACUCAUCGCUGUGUUUUUAACAGCUAGGGAUACAGCCAAUGAGAAGCACAGUUUCUGCAAAUCAGAACCAAGAAGAUUAGCUUUUGUAUAAGGUUUUAUUUCCUGUUUUAUGAAUUGCUGUGUUCAUGUUGUAUGUGGGUCAUUUUUACCUGUGCCACAGCACUGAAGUGAUUUAAAUUUUGUGUAUUAUUGUUAUCCCUGCCCUGACAAAGUGCCUAUUAUGCUGUGCUCAGUUCUUUUGUACUUACAGAGACAGAUGUGGAUAUUUGCUGGCAAUAUCUCUUUUAAUAUCAGGACUGUCCGAUUUAAGUUAAGUUAAAGCUGUUUUGAGCAUUGCUUUUUAUUGUUUUUGACCUGUCACUUUCAACGCAGACCUAUUUAAUUUAUAUUCUGCAUCGCUAAGUAGCAAGUCAUUUAGUUCCAUACUACAUGGAUGCAAUAAGCGCUACAGUCUGCAGCAUGCAUCUGAAUCAAGGAUAAAUCCAUAGAGGAAAUGUCUUUCACUAACUAGUUAUUGCAGAAAGUUAUUGUUCCCGUUGUAUGAACAUUGCAUCAAAAUAUUGCCUGCUUUGUGCAGCCUGAACACCUAUCGCUGCUCUACAUUCUCUUGGUGAAACAUUUUCAUUUAUCUGUUGGUUUUUUUUCUUUCUUUCUUUUCUUUUAACUGAAAAACAUUUCUUAACAUUGCUUGUUUGUUCCCCACUGCCCCCUGCAUUUAUUGCCCUUUUUAUAGAUGUAGAUAUAUUGGCUUUCUGGUAUGCAGUUUUAUUUAUUUUAUUUAAGCACUGGACACAUUUUAGUUUUUUGUGACGUUAAUUUUUUUUUUUUAUUUUAUUUGUUUUAAUGUUUCUUAAUUAACAGAAUAUUAGACAUAAUGGUGCUUGCAAACCCUUCCUCAGAUUCUCAGGGUGCUAAAACCAUUAAGUGUUACUGUAUCAUUUUUCUUAAAUUUGGGAGAGGUUUACUUUUUUUUUUUUUUUUAAUUAAAGGGGAAAUAUUGCUAUUGGGAUAAGUACUUCUUAGAUAUAAUCGAUUAAUACUUCUGUCCAGUUUCUAAAAUAAUAUUGUUAUUCUUCAGUAUCCCCCCUAUUAGCAAUCUGUGCCUCUUUAUGCAGAAGUUGGAGUUUGAUUGACAGGUCAGAUACAUUGGUGUUUGCUGCCUUUGCCUGAACCAUGUAUUAAAGCUAACUGUCUUUCAGAAUAACUGCAUGAACACAAAGCUGCAUGAAGAUGGGUAGUUCCCUUUGAUCACUAAAAAGGGGUGUUCUUUUUCUGAUCAGUGUUCUACUAAAUUGUAAGAACAACGUCUUUGCCUACCAGUGACAAUUUAAUACUUUCUGAAUCGUUAUCCUCUUGCCACAAGCUGAUAUAAGUUACGUAGUGUUUGGACAUGUUAUCCCAUUGUGUUCCUAGGCUAUUUUGAUCUAAAACUUUGUGCACCUUUUUGUGCUAUGAUCUAAAAAUUUCUAAAAUUAGGAUUUGUUGCCACUAGGAUGUAUUGCUGGAAUUGUGUAGGGUUAAAGGUAAUGUUCACCUUUUGCAAAGUCCUACCAAACUUGUACUACUUUGCAUAAAAAGAACCAUAUCAAAUACCUUAAUCAGAAAUCAAUAGUUAUUGUCUUAAUUUAAUCAAAGACAGCGCUUACCCAGCCUCCAGGUGAAGCAUUAUUGAGGGAUCGCAGCAGGUAUGAUUCUUUUGUUCGAACAGUGCCGAUGUUUGCAUUACUGUGUUUGUCUCGAUCACAUUCCUACACUCGGGAACAUUGAUCUUGCUGCCAGGCCACAAGGUAGGCUCCGCAGACGGGAAGAUUAUGGUAGAGGAGGGGGUCAGCGACCCCAUUCUUCCCAUUAAAACAAAAGCAAUAGAUUUUUGCUAAAGAAAAUAUUUGAGAACAUGCUUCUUUUGCACAGGCCUACUGCUUUAGUAACUGUAAACGGUGAACAUUCCCUUUCAUUUCAACAUGUGUCCAUUUACUUUUGGCCUGCACAGUUAUGCUGCCUACUUGAUAACCAAUAGAACACACACAUUUACUGUUCAUUUACAGACUAUGGCAAAAAUCUCUGCUUUUCUGUUGAUACAAACACUCGGGCAAAUGUAGCAAAAUUUGAGUUUGUGAAAAAAAAAUAGCAGAUGCGACAAAACUUGUGCGACUUGAACGCAGGCUUAUUUCAGGAAAAAAACCCCCAACAGAAUAUUCCCGAAAAAUUCCCCGAAAAAUAAGUUGCAUUCUAACGAGAAUCACCUUGUCCCAUUCCAAGGCUAAAAAAACUUGAAUGUUUUAAUAAACUGGAAAAAUAAAUAACGGUGUUAGAGACAACCCCCAUUGACAAAUGAACCUUGACAGCUUUUAUUUGCCAAGUUUUUUCUGGGAAAUUUUGGCAGAUCGUUUUCUUUAAGGUUCUGAAGAAUAUUCAUUAGAGUUAUAUUCAUUCUUUCCACUGCAUUCUUUCUUGAAUUGUGAAAAAAAAAAACACAAACUAGAAUUUUGAUAAAUUGGCCCCCUACGUAUCAGACUGGCCUGAGAGAGCACCAUAGAUUCUUUUGGUGGGCCUAGGGCCUAGCAGACCCCAGAGCAGAAAAAUUCCCUAUAGCCCUUCCUGUAGACCUAUAACACCUAUAUAAUGAUGUACUUGCCAUGCUGAAUGUAUGUGAGAGUGGGCCCGUGAUAUUAGACUCUCAGGUGGGACACUUCAAGCACUGUAUAGAACAAAAUGUUUAUAUUGAUUUUUGUAUAUUUCCUUUGUGCCAGUUAUUGCAAAAAUUGCUUCUGUUCACCAAAGGGAUUGAAGAAAAUAUUUACACUGAACUGAGAUGUUUUCUUUAAGGAAGGUAGCUGGCUAAUACCUUCCCCUGCAUUAGAGCAAGUGUAUUAUUAUCCUGUUUUGUGAUGUUGCUUUUAAACACGAGAAGCAAAACAGCAGAACAAUAUUUUUGCGUGGGCAAAUUGAUUUGUUUCACACCAAUACAAUUGUACUGAAUGUCACGACCAGCUCUCCAUAUUGUGUAACAUAUUUGUAAUUUUUAAAAUCUGUAAAAUUUGCAUUUUAUGGUGUGUAAAAUACUAUUUUUGUAUUGUUUCAGUGGUAAAAGUUAUUUUAUUAAAUGCUGUUUUGAAAUGUUUUUAAACGUUAAAAUAAAGUGACAUUUAAUAAACCAGUGGCAGAUGAUAUAA